GCCACUGGCCACACGCAGUGGUUCAGCCUCUCGCGUGAGCAGCAACGAAACCGCGAGCCUUUCCGCACUAUUUCUUGCACAAAUCCUUCCCUUCUGCGAUCUUCAUUUCUGAAUCAUCGCCAUCAUCUUUUUUCCGGCUCUCACUAUGGAGCCAGCCGGUCUUGCACUUGGCAUCCUCGCCCUCACAGGCACGUUCAAUAACGCCAUAAACUGCUUCGAAUACAUUCGACUUGGCCGCGCUUUCGGCACCAACUUUCAAACUAGCUUGCUCAAGCUGGACAACGCGAGGCUACGACUUUCACAUUGGGGCGAAUCUGUUGGAUUAGACAGCGACUUCAGCAACGCCCACAACAUCAAGCUGGCGACAGGACCGCCCGGAGACGUGGCUGCAGCCGAAAGAGUACUGUCGCAGAUAAUGGACCUUUUCGCAAACGCUGAGGGUAUAUCCAUCAAGUACAAGAACCGGUCAGGAGAAGUCGAGUGGAACCUUGCUAUCAUCGACUCAGCCACAAACAUGGAGCCUGUGGGCCAAUUGCUACACGAAAUAAUGCGCUCUCUGUCUAUCAAACGCCACGGCAAAAAGUACAAUGGGCACUUUACAAAGAGAAGCACUCCAAGAGGUUGAUUGAAGAUAUUACGGAUCUCGUCAGCGAUCUCGUGGAAUUAUUUCCUGUGGCACGCGAAGAGCAGCGCAGGCUGUGUAGAACAGACGUGUCGGAGAUCAGCUCCAGGGACUGUCUUCGUGCUUUGGAAGAGAUUGCAGCAUUGCAAGACAAGGAACUCAAUCGAGCACUCGUAGAGACCUUGCAGUCAGAGGCUAAUAGCUUCAUGUCAAUGCGAACAUCAGGC